CCCUAGGAAAAGGGAUAAACAGUACCUAAAUCAGUGAGGAUGAUGGUAGGUGACACCCAAAUUGUAGCAGACUUACUUGUGGUUUUUCUGCUUCAAAACAGUUCUCAAACUGUAAAAUGCUGAAUCUCAAAGGUUAUCCAUACGGUCUGAAAAGUUUACGUGGCCCAAGAGGCAAUUGUAAUUGCAUGUGUCUUUUUCUAAAUUUGUUUAAUUUUUAUUUUUUUGUUUGUUUCAGGCUUGUGGUCACCAUGGCUGCAGUGGAUCGAUUCUCUCUCUUGUACAGAGAAAUCAGUCGCACCUGCAGUUUCUAUAUAGAAGCCCUGGCUAUUGUUGGAGCUUGGUACACAGUCAGAAAGUGUGUGUCUCUGGCGUUGGACACUUACAGUGCACUCAGGCUGCACGUUAUUCCAAGGCUGAGUGGGAAGGUUGAUCUCGUCAGGAAGUACGGGAAAUGGGCUGUGGUCACAGGUAGCACAGAUGGUAUUGGGAAGGCUUAUGCUGAAGAACUGGCAAAGCAUGGUGUCAACAUCAUCUUAGUCAGCCGAAGCAAAGAGAAGCUGGAGGCUGUAUCUAGGAGCAUAUCUGAAACCUAUAAAGUGGAAACAGAUUUCAUAGUAGCUGAUUUCAGCAAGGGGCGUGAGCUUUACCCAGCCAUUAAGGAGGCUCUGAAAGACAGAGAAAUUGGGAUUUUAGUGAAUAAUGUAGGAAUAUUUUACAGCCACACAGACUAUUUUACUAAUCUCUCUGAGGAUAUGCUAUGGGACUUGAUCCAUGUUAAUAUUGCUUCUGCUACCAUGAUGACACAUAUCGUGCUGCCUGGCAUGGUAAAGAAGAAGAAAGGGGCAAUUGUCAACCUUUCUUCAGCAGUCUGUUGUCAGCCAACACCGAUGCUGACAGUCUAUGGAGCCUCUAAAAGCUACUUGGACUAUUUCAGUAGAGCAUUACAUUAUGAGUAUGCCUCUAAAGGAAUUUUUGUUCAGAGUCUAACGCCAUUUGUAACUACUACAAAAAUGCUAGCAUUCAGCAGCAUUAUGUCAAAGAGAUCUGUAUUUUUUCCUACUGCUGAAGAAUAUGCAAGUCAUGCUGUUUCUACUCUUGGGUUAUCCAUAAGGACCACUGGUUACUGGAAGCAUGCAAUACAGUUCACGCUGGGCGAGUGCCUGCCUGAAUGGCUGUGGGCAUGGUCUGCACUGUAUUUGAGCAGAAUUCUACGCAAGCAAGCUUUGGCAGCCAAAGCGAAAUAGGAGUAACUCGAUGUCCCAUGAGACAGUUCUGAUCAGAGUGCUGCAAAAACGUUUAAUGAACCUUGGAGGACUUACUCUGUAACUUAUCCAAACCUUGUUAAGCAAGCUACAUAAUCUAGACAAGAGAAGUGUGGAUCCUCUCUGUAUCCUUGUAUUAAAUAGCUCCUCUGCUGCUUUUCUUUAUGACAGAGUGCUGAUAAUGUCAA